AUCCGAAUGUCUUUCUCUCUGUGGUGAAGAAAGAUGCGGCCACGGCAGUGCCACGACCACGACCACGACCCUUUAAGUUGCUUGCACCUGAGUUGGGGAAAAUAAAAACAGAACCAUAAAAGCGAAGAAAAGAGAGAAUGCAGAAUAACGAUGGAUCACUACAGGGUAUUGGGUUUAAACAGAAACGCAACAAGAGAAGAAAUAAAAGAAGCCUUCAGAAAACUGGCUGUGAAAUAUCAUCCAGACAAGCACUCUCAAUCCGCAAAGGCCGUUAGAGAAGACGCAACCUUCAGAUUCAAGCAGGUUUCUGAGGCCUAUGAGGUUCUGAGUGACGAUCUUAAACGCACCCAUUACGAUAUUCAUUAUAAAAAUUAUAAUAGUAAUAGAUAUGGUCAUUCUUACAGUAAUUAUGGAUAUGGGUAUAGCACGCGCUCUGCCUCUGCCUCUGCCUCUGCUGCCCAUUCCGGUGACGGGUUUGUUUCCAAGUUGGAGAUUGCGCUUCGGUUUAUGACCACGCGCGCCUUUCUUCUCAAUUUCGCCUUCGCUGGUGCUUUAGUUGGUGGAAUAUAUGUAAUUGAUAAGGGCAGAGAGAAAAUAUGGAGAAUGCAUAACUCUGGAAAAUCUUUUGAGGCAGCCAUGGAGUCAAUUGAAAAAGCUAAAGCACGUAAAGAUAAGAUUUGAAAUAGCUGCAAUAACAUUAAUUGUUUGCAUUCUGCUACUGGAACUAUACUGAAGAAUUUUCUCUGAAAAUGAUUUGAGCGCCAGUCCUUUGGCUGCAGAGUCAUGCUAUUUUUCAUUGUGCUUUUUCCUUUUUAACUGUGUUUAGUUCGACGAUAAACUCUUUUUUACGAUGUAUAAUAUAACGAAUUUGUUUGUUUAGAUGUAAAUCAAGUUCUGAAUCUGAAUAAAUGCUAUGAAUCACGUUUA